CGGUAGAGGACUGUGCGGAAGGAAAGUUUCUGAGCGGCGGCGCCAGGAUGGACUUCCCGGCCGCCCAACCGAAACCCGCCGCCGAUGGUAAAAUCAUCUACUACCCGCCCGGAGUGAAGGAGAUCACCGACAAAAUUACCAACGAUGAGGUGGUGAAACGGUUAAAGAUGGUGGUAAAAACGUUCAUGGAUAUGGACCAGGACUCAGAAGAUGAGAAACAGCAGUAUCUCCCAUUAGCCUUGCACCUUGCAUCUGAAUUCUUCCUCAGGAAUCCCAAUAAAGAUGUGCGCCUCCUUGUAGCAUGUUGCUUGGCUGAUAUCUUUCGUAUCUAUGCUCCUGAAGCUCCAUAUACUUCCCAUGACAAACUUAAGGACAUAUUCUUGUUUAUUACAAGACAAUUAAAAGGCUUGGAGGACACAAAGAGCCCUCAGUUUAACAGAUACUUUUACUUGUUAGAGAAUUUAGCUUGGGUUAAAUCUUACAACAUCUGCUUUGAGUUGGAAGAUUGCAAUGAAAUUUUUAUUCAGCUUUUUAGGACUCUUUUUUCAGUUAUCAAUAAUAGCCACAACCAGAAGGUACAAAUGCAUAUGCUGGAUUUGAUGAGUUCUAUCAUCAUGGAAGGCGAUGGAGUAACUCAGGAGCUGCUGGACUCCAUUUUGAUUAACCUCAUUCCUGCACACAAGAACCUUAAUAAGCAAGCGUUUGAUCUUGCAAAAGUCCUGCUGAAAAGGACUGUCCAGACCAUUGAACCGUGCAUUGCCAAUUUUUUUAACCAGGUUCUGGUACUGGGAAAGUCUUCAGUAAGUGACUUAUCAGAACAUGUAUUUGACUUGAUACAAGAGCUUUUUGCCAUAGAUCCUCACUUAUUGCUGUCUGUCAUGCCCCAGCUUGAAUUCAAACUGAAGAGCAAUGAUGGAGAGGAACGUUUGGCUGUUGUUCGACUUUUGGCUAAACUCUUUGGCUCUAAAGAUUCUGAUCUGGCCACACAAAAUCGUCCUCUUUGGCAGUGCUUUCUUGGGCGGUUCAAUGAUAUCCAUGUCCCUGUGAGAUUAGAGAGUGUGAAAUUCGCCAGUCAUUGUUUAAUGAACCAUCCAGACUUAGCAAAAGACCUCACUGAGUAUUUGAAGGUUAGGUCACAUGACCCAGAGGAAGCAAUUCGACAUGAUGUUAUUGUUACAAUUAUCACUGCGGGCAAGAGAGAUCUUUCCUUAGUCAAUGACCAGCUGCUUGGCUUCGUAAGGGAAAGAACACUAGACAAACGAUGGCGAGUGAGAAAAGAAGCUAUGAUGGGUCUUGCUCAGCUAUACAAGAAAUACUGUCUUCAUGCCGAGGCUGGAAAAGAUGCUGCAGAGAAAGUGAGCUGGAUAAAGGAUAAACUUUUGCACAUAUAUUAUCAAAAUAGCAUUGAUGACAAAUUACUAGUAGAGAAAAUCUUUGCUCAGUAUCUUGUUCCACACAAUUUGGAAACAGAAGAGCGAAUGAAGUGCUUGUACUAUUUGUAUGCCAGCUUGGAUCCAAAUGCUGUCAAAGCACUGAAUGAGAUGUGGAAGUGCCAGAACAUGCUGAGGAGUCACGUACGGGAGUUACUAGACUUGCAUAAGCAGCCCACAUCAGAAGCAAACAGUGCUGCCAUGUUUGGGAAGCUGAUGACCAUAGCAAAAAACCUUCCAGAUCCUGGGAAAGCACAAGAUUUUGUGAAGAAAUUCAAUCAGGUUCUAGGCGAUGAUGAAAAGCUUCGGUCCCAGCUUGAGCUGUUAAUUAGCCCUACGUGUUCAUGUAAACAGGCAGAUGUCUGUGUGAGAGAAAUAGCCCGGAAACUUGCAAAUCCUAAGCAGCCAACAAAUCCCUUUCUGGAAAUGGUCAAAUUUCUUUUGGAAAGAAUUGCUCCUGUACAUAUUGACUCAGAAGCCAUUAGUGCACUAGUAAAAUUGAUGAAUAAAUCAAUAGAGGGGACAGCUGAUGAUGAAGAGGAGGGUGUAAGUCCUGAUACUGCAAUUCGUGCAGGACUUGAACUUCUCAAGGUUCUGUCCUUUACACAUCCUACCUCGUUUCACUCUGCAGAGACCUAUGAGUCUCUGCUGCAGUGCCUCAGGAUGGAAGAUGAUAAGGUAGCUGAGGCAGCCAUACAGAUUUUCAGAAACACGGGUCACAAAAUAGAAACAGACCUGCCGCAGAUAAGAUCAACAUUAAUUCCAAUUUUGCAUCAGAAAGCAAAAAGAGGCACUCCCCAUCAGGCAAAACAAGCCGUUCACUGUAUACAUGCCAUAUUUUCAAAUAAAGAAGUGCAACUUGCUCAGAUCUUUGAGCCUCUUAGUAGAAGUUUGAAUGCUGAUGUACCAGAACAACUUAUAACUCCAUUAGUCUCACUGGGUCAUAUUUCUAUGUUGGCCCCAGACCAGUUUGCUUCUCCAAUGAAAUCUGUUGUUGCAAAUUUCAUUGUAAAAGAUCUUCUAAUGAAUGACAGGUCAACAGGUGAGAAAAAUGGAAAGUUGUGGUCUCCAGAUGAAGAGGUUUCUCCAGAAGUACUAGCAAAGGUGCAAGCAAUUAAACUUUUGGUACGCUGGCUGCUGGGUAUGAAAAACAACCAGUCAAAAUCUGCAAAUUCCACACUCCGACUGUUAUCAGCUAUGCUUGUCAGUGAAGGAGACUUGACAGAACAGAAGCGAAUCAGUAAAUCCGAUAUGUCUCGACUACGAUUAGCUGCUGGCAGUGCAAUAAUGAAGCUUGCGCAGGAGCCAUGUUACCAUGAAAUAAUUACCCCAGAACAGUUCCAACUCUGUGCACUUGUCAUUAACGAUGAGUGCUACCAAGUGAGGCAGAUAUUUGCCCAGAAACUGCAUAAAGCACUUGUGAAAUUACUGCUCCCUUUGGAAUAUAUGGCAAUCUUUGCUUUGUGUGCCAAAGAUCCUGUGAAAGAGAGAAGAGCACAUGCCAGACAGUGCUUGCUUAAAAACAUCAGUAUACGAAGAGAAUACAUUAAGCAGAAUCCUAUGGCUAACGAAAAAUUGCUGUCCCUGCUGCCUGAAUAUGUGGUACCAUAUAUGAUUCAUUUACUGGCACAUGAUCCAGAUUUCACAAAACCUCAGGAUGUUGAUCAGCUUCGUGAUGUCAAAGAGUGCCUGUGGUUCAUGCUUGAAGUUUUAAUGACGAAGAAUGAGAACAAUAGCCAUGCCUUCAUGAAAAAGAUGGCAGAAAACAUCAAGCUUACACGAGAUGCUCAGUCUCCUGAUGAGCCAAAGGCCAAUGAAAAACUUUAUACAGUAUGUGAUGUAGCACUGUGUGUAAUCAACAGCAAAAGUGCUUUAUGCAAUGCAGAUUCACCAAAGGACCCUGUAUUGCCAACCAAAUUUUUUACACAACCUGAAAAGGAUUUUUCCAAUGACCGGAAUUACAUUUCAGAAGAGACAAGGGUUCUUCUUUUGACAGGAAAGCCAAAACCAACCGGUGUGUUAGGUACAGUAAACAAACCAUUGUCUGCAACUGGAAGGAGACCGUAUAUUAGAACUACAGGAUCAGAGACUGGAAGCAAUAUCAGUGUAAACUCUGAGCUGAGCUCUUCUGCAGGAAACAGAUCAAGGGAACCGAGUUCAGAUAUAUCAGAAACUGGUGUCAGUGAAAAUGAUGAAAAUCCUGUGCGAAUUAUUUCAGUCACACCAGCAAAGACAGAACCUGUGAAAAAUAAGGAAAUUAAUUCCGAUCAGGCUACGCAAGGAAACAGUACUGAACGUGGGAAAAAAAGAACAGCAACAGCAUCUGGAACUGAGAAUAUUCAUCAGAAAGCAGAAGAAAAUAAUGCAGAUGAAACAGGACCAUCGCUUGCAGCAAAAACCAGGAGAGGGCGUCCACCCAAACCUGAACCUCAGGGUACCACUGCAAAAAAUGAGGAAACAAAUAAGCCACCUGUCAGGGGAAGGAAAAGGGCAGCAGCCAGUCAAGAAAGUCCAGGAAGUUUAGAGACAGGUAACGCCAAAGCACCAAAACAGCAAGACACAGCAAAAAAGCCAGCAGCAGCACAGAGACAAAUUGAUCUACAAAGAAGCCAGGUGCUUGGAAGUGAUGGAGAUUCACUGUUGGAGAUAGACUCAAGUCCAGGAUAUUCCCAGAGUGCAAUGGAUCUUUUUAAGGCCUGUGAGAGCAGCCAGGAAGACACUGAGGAUACAGAGAUAGCAGAGGGAGGCUUCCUUAAGGUGUAG